AUGUAUUAUGAUGAGGAUGGGGAUCUCGCCCACGAGUUCUACGAGGAGACAAUCGUUACAAAGAAUGGGAGAAAGCGCGCCAAGCUGAAGAGGAUCCACAAGAACCUGAUACCUCAG